AUGACCCCGACAUCUCGACCUUCAGGUAUUCUGGCAUUGGCUGUCGCCAUAGUCGCCCUAUUAACACCGCUCAUCUAUCAAAUUGCAUCCCCAUCUGUCAUUUCGAUAUAUCCGUAUCUAGCCUCACUCUCCUCCUUGGCUUCUAAUAUGUUUAGUCAAGACAUUGAACCAGUUGCAUCAUCCUUCAGUUGUCUUCCCCAUCAUUACACGACCGAAAUCAUCUCUCUCGACCCCCUUGUUAUUUACAUUGAUUCUUUCCUUGCGCCGACCGAGAUAAAGGCUCUGCUCGAAGCCGGGUACUCUGCGUUCUCUCCCUCUCGGGUCUAUAAAAGUGGUCAUAAUCAGGGUACACAAGAUCGGACAUCAUCGUCUGCUGGUCUACCACGCGACAACCCUGCAGUACAGUGUGUACUAGCUCGUGCCGAAGCUUUCCUCGGUACGAUGUUAGACCCUUCUCGAGAUGACAUUGGCCCGCCACAACUCGUACGCUACACUGCAGGCCAGCGCUUCAACAGACACCACGACUGGUACGAUCGGCCGCAGCCAACACGGCGGGGUAUGCUGGGGCGGGGAAAAAGCUGGAAUCGCAUCGCCAGCUUCUUUGCUAUUCUAGAGGAUCAGUGCACGGGUGGUGAGACGUGGUUCCCUUUUGUGAAUACAACUGCGUUAUCAAAGGCAAAUGAGAAUGGCCAGAGGCUUUGGAGGAACCAUGAGGAUGGUGGCUUAGCUUUCAAACCUGUAGCUGGAAACGCGCUAUUCUGGGUUAAUUUGUUUCAAAAUGGCACAGGAGAUGAACGAACUGUCCACGCGGGCCUCCCAGUAGUAGAGGGCUUGAAGACGGCAAUGAAUAUCUGGCCUAGGAAGUUCUAUGCGUGA